UGCUUUUGGAUUCUAAAAAACCUAAACGGAACAGUCAUGGCCGCCACAAGGAGACUACAUAAGGAGUUGGAAGACAUUAAGAAGUCUGGUUUGAAAUCGUUUCGUGACAUUCAAGUUGAUGAACAGAACAUUCUCACCUGGCAUGGACUUAUCGUUCCUGAAAAUGCUCCAUAUAACAAAGGUGCAUUUCGGAUUGAAAUUAAUUUUCCUGCUGAAUAUCCAUUCAAACCUCCUAAAAUAGCAUUUAAAACCAAAAUCUACCAUCCCAAUAUCGAUGAGAAAGGACAGGUUUGUUUGCCCAUCAUUAGUGCUGAAAACUGGAAACCUGCCACUAAAACAGAUCAAGUGAUACAAGCACUAGUUGCCUUGGUCAAUGAUCCAGAGCCUGAACACCCACUCAGGGCUGAUCUUGCUGAAGAGUAUUCCAAAGACAGAAAAAAAUUCAUGAAAAAUGCUGAAGAGUUUACUAAAAAGAACAGUGAAAAGAGGCCAAGUGAUUAAAGUGAUUAAAUUAUGUGUGUUCAUCCUACGCUAAUGAGGCAAAUUAAAACUUUGAAACUGGUCCCCUUAUCCUCUUCACUUCAUUGUAGAGCAGUGAAUGUGCGCUGCACUGUGAUCUUCAUUUAUUUUCAUUUCUUUUCUUUGCCUCAGUGGUUGAAAUAUUGUCAAAUGUAUUGCACAUGAACUGCAAAAAUGAAACCAAUACAUUUGCAGUUGUCCUAAAAAUAA